UAUUAUUAGCAAGGGAAGUACCGAAGUAGUAUAAUAAAACGGAGAUACCAAUAUAUAUAUGAGUCAAGGAAGACAUUAUCCUCCUUGGUACAUAUGCAUCUACCAAUAGUUCAUUACAAUCAUCUCCUCUCUUGAUUCUCUCCCUCUCUUAAUACAAUCAUGUCUUGCAACGCAGACGAGCUCUUCCCUCUUUUAGGUAACUCCGCCAACGCCACCGCCGCAGCCACCUACCUAUGUGAUCGUUUCAAGACCGUAACAUACGCCGUCGACACCACCUACCUCCUCUUCUCAACCUACUUAGUCUUCGCCAUGCAAUUAGGAUUCGCCAUGCUAUGUGCCGGGUCGGUACGGGCGAAAAGUACCAUGAAUAUUAUGCUUAUUAAUGUUCUUGAUGCUGCUGCUGGCUCUCUUUCUUACUACCUUUUUGGGUUUGCCUUUGCCUUUGGAGCCCCUUCAAAUCCCUUUAUAGGCCACCAUUUUUUCGCCUUAAAAAAUGUUCCCUCAUCGUCUGAUGCAGGGACUUUUGAUUAUAGUCUGUUUUUAUAUCAAUGGGCUUUUGCUAUUGCUGCUGCUGGUAUCACUAGUGGGUCCAUAGCAGAACGUACCAAAUUUGUUGCUUAUCUUAUUUACUCAUUUUUCUUAACGGGCUUUGUUUACCCGGUUGUGUCUCAUUGGUUUUGGUCUGUGGACGGGUGGGCUAGCCCGUUUAAGACUGAUAACUUGUUGUUUGGUUCUGGUGCUAUUGACUUUGCUGGUUCUGGGGUUGUCCAUAUGGUGGGUGGAAUUGCGGGUCUAUGGGGGGCUUUUAUUGUAGGACCCAGGAUUGGUCGGUUUGGAGGCGGGUCCGGUGGAUCCGUUAUCCUAAGAGGGCAUAGUGGAUCCUUGGUUGUCUUAGGUACUUUCUUGCUUUGGUUUGGUUGGUAUGGUUUUAACCCUGGUUCGUUUUUGACUAUUCUUAAACCAUACGGUGCUCCUGGAGGAUUUUACGGUCAAUGGAGUGCAGUUUCAAGGACAGCUGUCACUACCACGUUGGCUGGAUCCACAGCUGCGUUGACUACUUUAUUUGGAAAGAGGAUGUUAGUUGGUCAUUGGAAUGUGAUAGAUGUGUGUAACGGGCUUCUAGGCGGGUUUGCAGCAAUUACUUCCGGAUGUUCCGUGGUUGAACCAUGGGCAGCAAUUAUUUGUGGGUUUGUAGCGGCUUGGGUUUUGAUCGGGUUUAAUAAACUAGCCGAGUUGGUAAAAUAUGACGACCCGCUUGAGGCAGCCCAACUACACGGUGGGUGUGGUGCUUGGGGUCUACUCUUUACAGGUCUAUUCGCAAAAGAAAGGUAUGUUGGGGAAGUGUACGGGUCGGGUAGACCCUAUGGGUUAUUCAUGGGUGGUGGAGGAAAGCUAUUUGCGGCCCAAGUGAUCCAAAUACUAGUCAUAUUUGGUUGGGUAACUGCCUUAAUGGCUCCCCUAUUCUUAAUCUUGAAAGCAGUAGGACUUUUAAGGAUUUCAAGUAAAGAUGAAAUGGCGGGUCUGGAUCUUACCAAACAUGGUGGAUUUGCCUAUGUGUACCACGACGAAGACGACCCAUCACAAAGGCCGCCCCAGUUUAUGACCACAAGGGUGGAGCCCACUAGCAUCACUCCAGAAAGACAAUCAAAUAACGUAUGAAAUUGUGAUUAUUAUUAUUAUUAUUAUUAUUAUUAUUAUUAUUAUUAGCUUGUUUUUGACCUUUGGUAUUAUUAGCAAAAUCAUGUAUGAAUUAUGAAUGUGUUUUUAAUAAUAAUAAUAAUUAUUAUUAUUAUUAUCAUUAUUAUUA